UUUAUUUAUGUAUAUAAGAGUCCUUAUUAAAAUGAGAUGAACACCACAAAACUUAGAGAAAAGAAGAAGAGAAUCAUUGAAAAGUUGUUAGCAGCUAUGUCAUCAUCAAUUGGCUCUAUUCUCACCAUGGUUCUGUUGGUUUUGGUUCUUGCAGCAGGAAUAACUCUCAAGUUUGGUAAUGGACAAGAUCAAGAACCACAUUGGUUUAAGUUUGACAAAGAGGCUAAGACAGAUGAAAGAGUUCCAAAAGGCGGAAUAGUCAUUUCUGGAAAGAGCUGGUGCAUUGUCAGCCCAUCUUUAACCGAGGAACAGCAGAAUGUUGUCCUUGAUAUGAUUUGUGUCAGAUAUUAUUGCGCCCCUGUGUAUUAUGGUGGAGAGUGUUUAGAACCUAAUAACAUAUACAACCAUGCCUCUGUUGUUUUGAGUAAGCACUAUAUAACUCUUGGAAGUGAUUUAAGCAUCUGUAAUGCUUUUGGUGGCAUCGUUGUUAUUACCGAUCCAAGUUAUGGCAACUGCGACUAUGGCUUGGGGUGGCAUAAAUAGAAGAGAAUAUAUUAUUAAUAAACAUGAUGCGUGCUAAAGUUCUAUCAAAACGUUGCAAUGUUCAGCAUAUUUAUUACUUUUAUUUUUUAUGUGUGUGAUAUGAUUUUUCUCUUUACUAAACAUGAUGUCUUAGAUCUCUCAAAAUGGUUUGUUUACUUUGUUUUUAUCCGAAGGGAAAUUUUUUUUCUUUUAAUGUUAUUGUUAUUAAUUAAAUUUAAUGUUGCAUAUGUGGCUUUCUCA